AUGGCCACAGCGACGAUAGCACAACACCAAGCGCAACAUCCAUGGGGUGGCUUUAGCGUCCAAUCCCCUCCGCCUUUCGCGCAAAACAAUGCGAUGUCGAUCCACCCUGUUACAUCUCCUCCGCCCUUCCAGCAUGUCACAAAUGGUUUCGGGAGCGCAUCAUCUUCCCCUCCUAUACGGCCUAGAAACGAUGUAGAUCUCAACCGGGACAAGCUCAUUGCUGUACUCGAGUACUUCUCCCAGACACUGGCGGUACCAUUCAACAAUCGUCGAUUACGACUGGUGGUGCAUGGGGGAGCGUGUAUGCUGUUACACCCUAUGCUCUACCACCUCUCCCUACAGCAGCACCAACUGCAUCCUACCCUCCCCCACCGUUCCUCGACACGAGAUGUCGACUACAUCCAUCGCUCUUUCGUGACGGAGAUGGCGCAACUGGGCGUAACAAACGCGGCGGAGAAAAUCAAGGCGUGUAUAGCGGCGACCGCGCAGCGGUUUGGGCUUGGGCUGGACUGGAUGAACAGCGACGCCGACAUCGCAUUACCAAUGGCCACUGGCCCCGAGGGUAUGAGCUACGACCCCAUCUACUACGCCUCCGUCCAACCGAACAAUAUCGACCUGCAUACCAUCUACCGCUCGCUCAACGGCCUCCUCACGUUGAUCAGCGUAACACCGUUCUGGGCCGUCUCGCUGAAACUUGUGCGAUACACGCCUCAGGAUGCCGCUGAUAUCUGUUUGUUGCUUCGCGUAUAG